ACCACACAUACCAAGCUCUGCAUAUUCGUUGAUGGACUUCUUUUCACCGACCUUGAAGCCCUCGGUCUUGGAGGCAACGAGAUCUUCUUCGUGCUCAGGCAUGAUGGCUGCUGUUUUGGUUGUGUUGGUGGCUCUGGUGGGGUAUUUGGAUAACGGAAGUAGGAAAAAGGUUCAGGAGAACAAUUGUUGGAUGAAGAUCUGCCUCACCGAUUGCGGAUUGGGACGAGCUGAAAGAUCAGUAAUGACCUGGGGAAUGAAGAGAUUUCAAUUAGGCACUCACCCGAGAAAGAAUUGAGACCAGAAUUUGCUGAAGGAGGGAAUUGUUUUGAGAUGUUUUGGAGUGGAAGGCCAGUUGAACUAAAGGCCAAGUGGGGGGGAUGGGAUUAAAAGGCGGUGGGCGAUUGCCUUAAACGGCGGAGAGGGGGGG